CCAGGGUUCGAGCAGACACGAUGCGAGAGUGUAUCAGUAUCCACGUGGGUCAGGCUGGUGUGCAGAUUGGCAAUGCCUGUUGGGAGCUGUACUGUCUCGAACAUGGAAUCCAGCCUAAUGGACAGAUGCCCAGUGAAAAGACCAUCGGAGGAGGAGAUGACUCCUUCAACACCUUCUUCAGCGAGACAGGAGCCGGCAAACAUGUCCCCAGGGCUGUGUUUGUGGACUUGGAGCCAACUGUCAUAGAUGAGGUUCGUAAUGGCACCUACCGUCAACUGUUCCACCCUGAACAGCUCAUCACUGGGAAGGAAGAUGCUGCCAACAAUUAUGCCCGUGGCCACUACACAAUUGGCAAAGAGAUCAUUGAUCUGGUCCUGGACAGAGUCCGUAAACUGGCUGACCAGUGCACAGGUCUCCAGGGAUUCCUGGUUUUCCACAGCUUUGGUGGUGGCACUGGCUCAGGGUUCACCUCACUGCUGAUGGAGCGUCUCUCAGUUGACUAUGGCAAGAAAUCUAAGCUGGAGUUCUCCAUCUACCCAGCCCCACAGGUGUCUACUGCAGUGGUCGAGCCCUACAACUCCAUCCUAACCACCCACACUACCCUAGAGCACUCUGACUGUGCCUUCAUGGUAGACAAUGAAGCCAUUUAUGAUAUCUGCCGAAGAAACCUGGACAUUGACAGACCAACUUACACCAACCUGAACAGAUUAAUUGGUCAGAUUGUAUCCUCUAUCACAGCCUCCCUCCGUUUUGAUGGUGCCCUGAAUGUUGAUCUGACUGAAUUCCAGACCAAUUUGGUGCCAUACCCCCGUAUCCACUUCCCACUGGCCACCUAUGCACCUGUUAUCUCAGCUGAGAAAGCCUAUCAUGAGCAGCUUUCUGUGUCUGAAAUAACCAAUGCCUGCUUUGAGCCAGCCAACCAGAUGGUCAAAUGUGACCCACGGCACGGCAAGUACAUGGCCUGCUGUCUCCUUUACCGCGGUGAUGUGGUGCCAAAAGAUGUUAAUGCAGCCAUUGCCACCAUCAAGACCAAACGGAGCAUCCAGUUUGUGGACUGGUGCCCGACUGGCUUCAAGGUUGGCAUCAACUACCAACCUCCCACUGUGGUUCCUGGAGGUGACUUAGCCAAGGUGCAGCGGGCUGUGUGUAUGCUGAGCAACACCACAGCUAUUGCUGAGGCCUGGGCUCGCCUGGACCACAAGUUUGAUCUGAUGUACGCCAAGCGUGCGUUCGUUCACUGGUACGUGGGUGAGGGUAUGGAGGAAGGCGAGUUCUCCGAGGCUCGGGAGGAUAUGGCUGCUCUGGAGAAAGAUUAUGAAGAAGUUGGUGUUGACUCCGUUGAAGGAGAAGGUGAAGAGGAAGGGGAAGAGUAUUAAAUGUUUUGCUAAAGUCAAAAAUAGGGUAUUGCUGGAACAGGGAAGCGAAAUAUGGAACAAAGUGCAAACCUUACAAGUUCUGCAUUAACGGGCAGCAAGAGGAUAACAGAGGGUGAGCAGGUUAAAAUUGUCUUUCAACCUGUUAAUUCUCAAGCAACUCACGUGCUAUGUGAUUCACACCCUCUUUUUCCAAUUACACCUAAAAGAUCAUACUUUUAAGAUUCCAUUGAGUUGCAAUUCCUCACAAUUCGAGUGUAGAUUUUCUUUUUAAAAAAAAGCU